UCUAUUGGUUGCAAGUUAGGUGACAUAGGUUUGAAUCUUGGCAAAAGAAAAAAAUUGUAAUGUUUUUUCAGAAUUAUUUUUGAUUUGGUUUUCAGAAUCUUGGCAGCAAUUAUUUUUGAUUGUAAUGUUAGGUGCCUUAUCGCUCUCCAAUACUCCAUAGCCAUAAAACCCUAGAAAGCGUGGAUUUUUUCCAGCAUUCCUCCAAUUUCAAAUCAACAAUCUCGCAUGUUUGUUGAAUAUGACUUUCAGAGAUAUGUUUUUUUCCCCUUUUUUAUCAGGUACGUAUCUGAAUGUCUAAUUCCACGAUGAAGAAAGUUAAACUUAGUGACAGCAGAAUGUAUUCUAAUUCCGUGACGAAGAAAGUUAAACUUACUGAUAGCCGCGGAAUGUCUAAUUCUGCGACGAUGAAAAUUAGACUCAGAAUGUCUAAUUCUAUGACGAAGAAAGUUGAAGUCAAUGAUAAUGUACACAAAGACAUGUUCAGCUAUUUACCCGAAUGCAUUAUCCUUCACAUACUCUCUUCUUUGAAUACCAAAGAUGCCGUUAGAACAUGUGUUUUAUCCUCAAGAUGGAAGGAUCUCUGGAAACGUCUCCCUGCUCUUAGUUUUGAUUAUCGAGACUUUCGAACCGGUGAUAUGUUCAACGAGUUUGUGUUUAAGGCUUUAUCUCUUCGCGAUUCUUCUAUCUCACUGCACACUCUCGACUUUGAUAAUAGAAUUUGUCGCCUGGAGCCUCACAUACUUAGAUUUGUUGUGGAUUAUGCUAUUUUACACAAUGUUCAACGGUUCGGACUUAGUGCAGCUAGUGGCGUCGCGCAAAUUCCUCCCGAAUUAUUUUCAUCCAAGACUUUAACACAUCUCACCCUUGCUAUUUCCAAUUCCAAGCGUGACUUUGACCACAUUUCUCUCAAUUUGCCAUCAUUAACAUAUCUUAAGCUUUCUAUUCAUCAUGCUAUGGAAACCCCGUUUCCAAACUCUCUCUGUUUGCCAACAUUAUCUACCUUGGAACUAGACAAUCUUACAUUUUAUGUUGGCAAUAAUAGUUGCGCUGAACCAUUUUCGACCUUUAGUAAGUUGAUAAGUUUGUCCAUUUCUGAAUGCACUGUGAAAGGUGCAGGAACCCUCUGCAUAUCAAGCGCGAGUCUUGUCAAUUUUAGUAUGUACAUUGAGUCAGACGAAGACGACUAUUAUAAAAUUGUUCUUUGCACUCCGGGUCUUCGUACAUUUGCUUUUAGUGGAUACCCUUAUCAGGAUAUAUCUUGGAGCAAUGUUUCUUCUCUUGAACAUGUAGAUAUUGACGCGGAAGUAUUUCUAAGUAGUUGUGGGCCUCCUUUCUUUCUGUUCAAGUGGCUCUUAGAGUUUGCGAAUAUAAAAUCGCUGACAGUCACUGCAUCUACUCUUCAGGCUCUCUCCUUAAUUCCUGGACUGUUGGAGUUUAAGAUUCCUUCCUUGGGUAAAUUGAAGUCAUUGAGAGUAAGAAUUGACGAAAUUCAAUAUGGACUCCGCAUGGCGUUAUGCGAGGACAAGUUGAUGAACAUCAAGUCAAUGGAAGAAGCUGCCAGGAUAAAGAAAGCAUUUGAUUUAGGAUUGCAACCGUCUCCGCUCGUACCUGAUGGUGUUGUGGACUUCUUGCUUCAAAAUUCACCCUCGGCUGAAGUUGACUUUGUUGAUGGCAGAAAAAAGAAACCUCUUAAGAAGAGAAAUUUACAAUUGGAAUCUGCACUGCGUGGUUGUUAUAAUCCUUCGGAGUUCAGAUACAAUACAAGUAUGUGAUCCAUUAUGCGUCUGUUUGGUAAAGCGGUGGUAUACCGCUACUGCGCGUCCCAAGCCACUUGUACCACGAUUUUGAGAAGCUACAAGUUGCAGCUUUUGUGCACUUGCGGUGAUACCGCGACUUCUUUCAAAAGCCAAACAUAGGCUAUGUCAAGGGUUAUACUUAUAGACAAUAGAAGCAGGGAGUUGUUAUGAAUGUUUGGAAAGUUGGCAGUAGCUCUGCUGUUCAGGUGUAACAAUAUUUAGUCUGCAAUACUAAAUACCAGUUGAAGUGCCCAAUACUUUUUAUGUAUGUUUGUUAUUUGUCAAUGUUUGUGGGCUGUUCAUUGAGAUCAAAGCCAUUAGUAUGUUUAUGUUAUUUGAUGAUCUUCUCUGAGAUUGUGAGUUUUGAGAUAAAACUUGGAA